CUUCGUUCGUUUCAACAUCACACCUUUUUUUCUGUAGCUCCUCGCUAUGUUAAAAUUUCUUCCCUUUAAAAGAUUUUUUACACGACAAUACUCUGCUGUCUCCUUAGAAGAACCUUUGACUCAUAUAAAUUAUCGAUCUAUUCCCAGCGGUCUUGUUAACACCGAAGUUACCGUGCUUAAGAAUGGGUUAACCGUUGCUACUUACUAUGCCAAAAGACCCAUUUCGAAGAUUGGCCUUUUUGUCGGGGACGCAGGUGUCUCCUCAGAUCCUGCCCUAGCUACACUCCUCCGUGGCGUUUUUUUUACUGAAAAUAAGAAAACUACUACCUUUGUUAACAGGAGAUCCAUGGAUUUAAUUGGCGCCAAUUUUAAUUUACGAUCUGCUAAGGAAUUUUUUGCUGUUUCCGCUUUUGCUGAACGCCCCUUCGUUUCAAAGUGUGUUGAGUUGAUUGCUAAUGCACUGAGCAAUAAGUUCUACCGUUGGGAAAUGGAGGAUGCCCUCGAAGACUUACUGACAGAAAAUGAAUUUGCUAAAGCUGACACUUCUCUUUAUCUCUUGGACUGCUUACACAGCGUUUCUUUUCGAUCUGGACUUUCGAAUUCUCUUGUUCCCCAGGCAUACAAGCUAAAGUCUGUAAGUUGCGACUGUUUGGAGCGCUACGCUCGAGACCGUUACACUGGUGCUAACUGCGUGCUGGUCGGCGUUGACGUGGAGCACCAAUUUCUUGUUGAUCUCGUUCAGAAGAGUUUUCUCUCGCAAAUUAAAAAAGGGAUUAAACUUAAUCCGUCAAAAGAUCUUUUUAAAGGAGGCCGCGAUUUACGCCUGGAAAGCCGAGGAACAAGGUCUACUGUUCUUCUUGGCUUUGCAGGCGGUCAAUUAGGAGAAAAGGAAUCUCUUGCGUAUGCACUACUGCGCUUGGCCCUUUGUGCCGGCCCUUCGACUAGUUGGGGCCAAGAUAAAUCUAGACUAAUGAAUACUAUAAAUGGAAUCAAACUUAUUGAAGAGGGCAAACUCACUUCUAUCAGUGCUUCUUGCCUUUCCUACCUUCAUUCAGGUUUAUUUUUUAUUGAGAUCGUUGGGGAGGGAAAGUAUAUGAAGAAAAUAAUGACUACAGUCGCUCAAGCUUUGAAAGAAGUUAGAGAAAAGGGCUUGACUGCGUCAGAAGUUGCUCGAGCCCAAAAACUUCUAAAAAGAGAAGCAUUAAACUGUUUUAGUGCAAAUUUACUACUUGACGAUAUUGGACAGCAAUUGCUGUUCAAAGGAAAAUAUAACCCUGUUCAUGAGAUUCUAAAAAGAAUUGACUCGAUUUCUUUGCAAGAUGUUUCUGCUGCUGCCAAAAAGCUGGCGAAUCCCUCCAUGGUGGCCUACGGGGUCGUGGACACCGUCCCAUACCUCGACCAACUCGAACUAUAGACUCACUUUUACUUAAUAAAUUC